GAGCUGGCGGGACACGAGGUCUAAAGCGGGACGUCUGGUCACCUUAUGUUCUACAAUUUAAAUGGUAUUUGAUAGGUGCAACUGAUAGCGCAAUAUACCUGAGUAAUUUACCGAGAUUAUAAAUUCUUUCCCAAACAGAAACACAAGCUUAGAACUGUUGGAGCUGCUAUAAUGGAACUGAAGACAUGGAACGUUGUAGCGCUGAUGCUAUGCAGCACACUGAUCUUCGCCCAACAACAUUGCAACUGGAAUGGGAUACACAGAUAACCGAUGCCAGUGUUUCCAAGGUUUCAAAGGAGGAGACUGUAGCGUGGACUGCAACUGUGAGGGUCACGGGACCUGCAACUCAGACGGAACGUGCAACUGUGAGGCGGGCUGGAAGUGGUCAGCGUCUGAACACAAGUGUGUCUGGGACUGUAGCUGUCCAGCUGGUGUCCAAUGCAUCGCACCUGGAGAGUGCGGCUGUCAGGCCAUUGCCAGUGGGGCGCGUGCAGGAACGGACAAUGCAUCUGCUACGAGGGUUACAAGGGAGAGGACUGCUCCCAGUAUGAUGCCAACAUAAUGCAGAACAAGGGGAUAGAUAUUGGCAUCAACAUAGGAGGCAUUAGCUACUACUCCUCCGAGCUGAAGUGGGUGGACGUGGCUAAGCAGUCACAGGAGUGGAUCACCCAGAGACAAAGUCGCAACGACUGGGACACUCAGGAGCAGAAUAAGGUCAACUGGCGACCUGAUGGCUAUCCCGCGAGUC